CCAGUUGCUGCAUAAACUCCACAAAACUAUACUCUCCCAUAAAUCGAGGACAUAAAGGUAAAUUGACAUUACCUGCCCCAUCUGUCGACUCCCUGGUUUUCAUUUUCCUUGUUCUCUUCAAAAACUUUAUUUUUGUUUAAUUUUAAUUUUAUUUUUCUCCAACUCUUGUUUUCGGAAUCCUGAAAGAAGCCAGGAGAUUUACAGUGAAAAUCCUACAGAAGGAGAGAUAGCGAGUAACAAUUUUUGGGAGAGAACAAGGAGCCUUUUUUUUAACAGGGUUUAUCACAAGAUCCCUUCUUGCUGGAAGCUCGCAUAUUUUUAGGGUUUCUUUGAUAUCAUCUCGAAUACCCAGAUCUCUCUCUUUUACUCAUCUGCCAAUUGGCUGUUCAAUGAUUAGGGUUUAACUGGUUCAGUCGACAAAAUUUGCGGAAAACUCUGACUUAUUCAGCUAAUUUAGGCUUUUCUGAUCUCUCGUGGCGAAGUUGAGGAAGAAAAAAGAGGUUUUGGCCCAUUUUGAGGGUUUCUGUAGAUAUGAUCAAGCAGAUAUUUGGGAAAUUACCCAGAAAACCUUCGAAAUCAUCAUCGCAAAACGACCCGAAUCCAAACGGAGAAGCUACUGGGUUCAAAACGUAUUACAUCCCUCCGGGUACUACCUCGAAUUCAAAUGGAGCAAAUGGGACUAUAGCUCCUUCUUCAACGAGCUCUAACAGAGCCAAUCCGCUCAACAAACCAUCAGGCGAUGUGUCUUACGAAGCUCUGCCUAGCUUCAGGGAUGUCCCUACCUCGGAGAAACCUAAUCUGUUCAUCAAGAAGCUGAGCAUGUGCUGCGUCGUCUUCGACUUUAGUGACCCGUCGAAGAAUCUCAGAGAGAAAGAGAUAAAGAGGCAGACUUUGCUUGAGCUCGUGGACUAUAUAGCGACGGUUUCCACAAAGUUCACCGACGCUGCGAUGCAGGAGAUCGCGAAGGUUGCGGUGGUUAAUCUCUUCAGGACGUUUCCUUCCGCGAAUCACGAGAGCAAGAUCCUGGAAACGCUUGACGCUGAUGACGAGGAGCCUGCGUUAGAGCCCGCUUGGCCUCAUCUUCAAGUUGUCUAUGAGCUUUUGCUAAGAUUCGUGGCCUCGUCGAUGACUGAUUCGAAGCUCGCAAAGAGAUAUAUCGACCAUUCUUUCGUCUUGAAACUUUUGGAUUUGUUUGACUCUGAAGAUCAAAGAGAGAGGGAGUAUCUAAAGACCAUUCUUCAUCGGAUAUACGGGAAGUUCAUGGUUCACCGGCCGUUUAUCCGAAAGGCGAUCAACAAUAUCUUCUACAGGUUCAUUUACGAAACCGAGAAGCAUAACGGUAUUGCAGAGUUGCUUGAGAUUCUUGGAAGUAUCAUCAACGGUUUCGCUUUACCGUUGAAAGAAGAGCACAAGCUUUUCCUUGUCAGGGCCUUGAUUCCACUACACAGACCUAAAUGUGCUUCGGCGUAUCACCAACAGCUUUCUUAUUGCAUUGUUCAGUUUGUAGAGAAAGACUUCAAGCUUUCUGAUACUGUCAUUAGAGGGCUUUUAAAGUAUUGGCCUGUGACUAACAGUUCUAAAGAAGUCAUGUUCCUUGGAGAGUUGGAAGAAGUUCUUGAAGCGACUCAAGCAGCUGAGUUUCAGCGAUGUAUGGUUCCUUUGUUCCGUCGAAUCGCUAGAUGCCUCAACAGUUCACAUUUUCAGGUGGCUGAAAGAGCUCUGUUUCUGUGGAACAACGAUCACAUAAGAAACCUGAUUACUCAAAACCACAAAGUGAUAAUGCCAAUAGUGUUUCCGGCUAUGGAGAGAAACACAAGGGGACAUUGGAACCAAGCGGUUCAGAGUCUGACAUUGAAUGUGAGGAAGGUGAUGGCAGAGACAGACCAAGCUCUGUUUGAUGAAUGUUUAGCCAAGUUUCAAGACGAUGAAGCGAGUAAGACAGAGGUUGUAGCCAAACGAGAAGCAACAUGGAAGCUUCUGGAAGAUUUGGCUGCUUCCAAAUCCGUGAGCAACGAGGCAGUUCUUGUCCCAAGAUUCUCAUCUUCUGUUACUCUUGCCUCUGGUAGUUGAAUUCUCUCUGCUCUUUAUUAUUAUCAACAACACUCUCAGAAUGAUCCAGAAGAGUUGGAUCGAUCCAUUCGAGCAUCAGGAUCGGUUCUUGAAGAGAGAAACCAAAGCGCGAUGAUCCGAAGAAGGGCAAGUAUCAUCAGCGAGUACUAUUUCUUCACAUUUCUUCAGGUUUCUGGAUUCAUGAGUUGUUCAAUUGUUUGUUGUUUAUCUGAUCUUUUCUUUUAUUAUUUCUGAGCUCUUAGAGGAGUUGUAAGAACAUUAUGUGGUGUAAGAAAAAUGGUUUAUAGAUAUAGUACUUGAGAGGACGACUAAAUAAAUUAAAUUAAUCGUAUUAUUGUACUGUGGAAUGAAACUGAUCUAUGCUUUGUGACUUUUACAUUUGACAAUCCGUCU